GAGUUACAGUACAGGAUGUUUGAUAUCAACCAUCUUUCUGCGGAAUUUGAUAUGUAGUAAGCACUAUUUCCGGUGCACAUGGUUAUAUCUUAAUUAUAUUAGUUGAUAUCUACUUGUAUAUUAUAUAUUUUAUUACAGUGAAUGGAAUAUACAAAGUGUAAAAUAUGACACAACUUUAUGUUUUAUAUGAGCAUGCAGCUGGCUAUGCCGUAUUCGGUGUUAAAGAGUUCGAAGAAGUAGGAAUGUUAUUACCUCAAGUUGAAGCAUCAGUAACAGAUUUAUCAAGAUUCAAUACCGUGGUAAAACUUAUUGGAUUUUCACCUUUUAAAACUGCUUUAGCAGCAUUAGAGAAUGUCAACAGUAUCUCAGAAGGCAUUGUACCGGAAGACCUACAAUUGUUUUUGGAUUCUAUUUUACCUAAACCUGACCAGAAAAAGAAAAUUAUUCUUGGUGUAUCAGAUCCUAAAUUAGGUGCCAGUAUCACAGAGAUAUUGGAUAUAAAAUGUGACCAUACAGGUGCUAUACCUGAAGUUAUCAGAGGAGUAAGAUUUCACUUUCAUAAUUUAGUUAAAGGUUUUACUGCCAAAAGUUCUGCAGUAGCUCAGCUUGGACUUGGUCAUAGUUAUUCAAGAGCAAAAGUUAAAUUUAAUGUUAAUCGUGUGGAUAAUAUGAUUAUACAAGGUAUAGCUUUACUGGAUCAAUUGGACAAAGACAUAAAUACAUUUAGUAUGCGUAUACGUGAAUGGUAUAGUUAUCAUUUCCCAGAAUUAGUAAAGAUUGUUCCUGAAAAUUAUAUGUAUGCCAAAGUGACACAACUAAUUAAAAAUAGAAAAGAAUUAACAGAAGAAAAAUUAGAAGCAUUGGAAGAAAUUGUUAUGGACAGUGCAAAAGCUCAAGCAAUUAUAGAUGCUUCUAAAUCAUCUAUGGGCAUGGACAUCAGUCCUGUGGAUCUUCUUAAUAUUGAGAUGUUUGCUAGACGUGUAAUAGGAUUGGCAGAUUAUCGAAAACAAUUGGCUGAGUAUUUAAAAUCUAAAAUGGCUGGUAUUGCACCAAAUUUAGCUACUCUUAUAGGGGAUCAAGUAGGAGCUAGAUUAAUAGCUCAUGCUGGAUCAUUAACCAAUUUAGCAAAGUAUCCUGCAUCUACAGUUCAGAUAUUAGGAGCAGAAAAAGCAUUAUUUAGAGCAUUAAAGACAAAAGGUAAUACACCUAAAUAUGGAUUACUAUUCCAUUCUACAUUUAUUGGUCGUGCUGGUACUAAAAACAAAGGAAGAAUCUCCAGGUAUUUGGCCAAUAAAUGCUCUAUUGCAUCAAGAAUAGAUUGUUUUGCUGAAACACCAACAAAUAUUUUUGGUGAAAAAUUACGACAACAAGUGGAAGAUCGUUUGAAGUUCUAUGAAACAGGUGAAAUACCUAAAAAGAAUAUAGACGUGAUGCAGGAGGCAUUAGAAGAAGCUCAACAUGUAAUAGCUAAUCUGGAAAUAGAAUCACAAAAGAAGAAAAAGAAGAAAAAUAAGAAAAGAAAACAAGAAGAAUUACAAAAUGGUAAUACUACUACUAAUGGUAUUCAUGAGAAUGGAGAAAAAGAAGAACUUGUUCAGGAGAAUGAAGAACCUUUAAAAAAGAAAAAGAAAAAGAAAAAGUCUAAAAGUAUAGGUGAUAGUAUGGAAAUGUCAUAAAUGAUAUUAAAUUUUACUAUUUGUAUUAUUGCUAUAUCUAUAUUAUCUCACACACAUUAAAAGAAGUGGCAUAUUCAA